CAGACCCACAUCCACUUGAGAGGGAGAGAGGAGGGAAGAGAGAGAUAGACAGGGAGAGAGAGAGAGAGAGAAAUGGCGCCUCGAUGCUGCGCUCACUGAGGCAGUGUUUGGAGCCGGUUAGGGAGAUUCAGUAAGGGCAUACAAAGAGGAAAAAAACAUGGUGAACACAAGGAAAAGCUCACGGCCGGGGAGCGGUCCCUUCAUCUCCUCGAGGACUAGGUCGUCGUCGAGAAACGAGCGAAACUCUGAGGAACAUAAGGAACCCAGUAGUGAUGUGAGCAGUCCCAGCAGCCCUCGGCUGGCUCCACCUUCCAAGCGGACGCGGCGGCAGACAGCCUCUGAGCCCAGCUCCAGUGAUACCUCCCCAUCCCCUCAAACUAAGGGCCAGAGGGUCAGCUGGGACAUUCCCACCUACCGCACCAGGCUGUCCUCUCGCAUAAUGCAAAAUGGGCACGCCCACAUGAGUCACCGGAAUGAGGAGAGUGGAGGUGGAGAUCAUUCUCACAUGAACGGCCACGUGGAGCUGAAGAGGAGUUGCCGGGUGAAGAAGAGCCAAUUUGAACACCUCAAUCAGAGCCUGCUGUUUGACCAGCUGGUCAACAGCACUGCUGAGGCUGUCCUUCAGGAGAUGGACAACAUCAGCAGCAUCCGACAGAACCGUGAGGUGGAGCGACUUCGCAUGUGGACUGGGGACACUGAGGAGGAAAACAUGGACAUGUAUUCCCGGGUGAAGCGCAGGAAAUCUAUGCGCAGGAGCACUUUCAGCAUACCUACACACCACAAAGUCAUGAGCAAAACGGAGCAGGAGGAGGAAGAGGAGGAAGGGACGGAAGAAUCUCACGGUGAGGAAGAAGAAGAGGAUGCAGAAGAUGACGAUGAAGAUGAUGAAGGGGAUGAAGCAGAAGAGGUAGGAGAGGAAAACGACAGACCAUACAACCUGAGGCAGCGCAAGACUGUGCAGAGAUAUGAGGCACCACCCAUUGAGCCUGUGAACCGGAAACAGAGCAACCCCUCACUUUUUGACACCCACAGAUCCCCAGCAAGAAGAAGCCAUAUAAGAGUGAAGAAACAUGCCAUUCACAGCAGCGACACCACCUCGUCUUCUGAUGAAGAGCGGUUCGAGCGGAGAAAAAGCAAGAGCAUGACGAGGGCUAGAAACAGAUGUUUGCCCAUGAACUUGACUGCAGAAGACUUGGCUAGUGGGGUGCUGCGUGAUCGGGUGAAAGUCGGUGCCAGUUUGGCUGAUGUGGAUCCCAUGAACCUUGAUAGUUCGGUGAAAUUUGACAGUGUGGGUGGCCUCAGUAAUCACAUUCAGUCACUGAAAGAGAUGGUAGUGUUCCCUCUGCUUUACCCUGAGAUCUUUGAGAAAUUCAAGAUUCAGCCUCCCAGAGGGUGUUUGUUCUAUGGCCCACCAGGGACAGGAAAGACCCUGGUUGCCCGGGCACUUGCCAACGAGUGUAGCCAGGGAGACAAGAAGGUUUCCUUCUUCAUGAGGAAAGGAGCAGACUGCCUCAGCAAAUGGGUUGGUGAAUCAGAACGGCAGCUGCGCCUGCUCUUUGACCAGGCAUACCUGAUGAGGCCAUCCAUUAUUUUCUUCGAUGAGAUUGAUGGUUUAGCUCCUGUUCGCUCCAGCAGGCAAGACCAGAUACACAGUUCUAUUGUGUCCACUCUGCUGGCCUUGAUGGACGGCUUGGACAGUCGUGGGGAGAUAGUGGUCAUUGGUGCUACAAACAGACUUGACUCUAUCGACCCAGCACUCAGGAGGCCUGGACGCUUUGACCGGGAGUUUCUGUUCAACCUGCCCGACAAGAAGGCCAGAAAGCACAUCUUGGAGAUUCACACACGGGACUGGAAUCCCAAAUUGGCUGAGCCAUUUGUAGAUGAACUUGCAGAAAAAUGUGUCGGCUACUGUGGUGCUGACAUCAAAGCACUUUGCACAGAGGCAGCCUUGGUGGCACUGCGUCGCCGCUACCCCCAGAUCUAUGGCAGCAGCGUCAAACUGAAGCUGGAUGUUACCUCCAUCAUCUUGGGGCCUGGCGACUUCAGCAAGGCAAUGAGGACAAUUGUCCCAGCCUCCCAGAGGGCCCUGGCUCCUUCAGGCCGAGCCCUGUCCCCCACCCUCAGGCCCCUGUUGGCCAGCUCUUUCUCCUUGGUGCUGAAAGCUCUGCUCCGAGUCUUCCCCCAUGCUCAGUGUACUGACAGGGACAACACCCACGGCGGUGACAAUCAACUGCUUGAAGAGGACUUGUACAGCGAUGACGACAAUGAGGAAGGCUCUGCUUCCAUCUAUGAAGUCGAGCCUACUGCAUCCCCAAAGAGUCAGCUCUCUUCUUCUGCAACGCACAGACCCUUCCUCCAUUUUUCCUCCUCUGCCCUCCAACAGCCCACAGCAUACCGGCCUCGUCUGCUGUUGGCUGGGCCCUCGGGUUCAGGACAGAGCUCCCACUUGGCCCCUGCCUUGCUGCACCACCUGGACAAGCUGCCAGUGCACCGCCUGGACUUGCCCACUCUUUACUCCGUCAGUGCUAAGACGCCGGAGGAGUCCUGUGCUCAGGUUUUCCGUGAGGCCUGCCGGAGCAUGCCCAGUGUGGUGUUCAUGCCGCAUAUCUCAGAGUGGUGGGAGACAGUAGGUGACACUGUGAAGAGCACCUUCCUCACCCUGCUGCAGGAUGUGCCCUCUUUCAGCCCUGUCCUUAUCCUUGCCACUGCUGAGAUUCACUACUCACAGCUGUCAGAGGAGGUGAGAAGUAUUUUCCAGAGGACCUACGGGGAGGUAGUAACGCUGUGCCCUCCAGGAGAAGAGGACAGGAGGAACUUCUUCUCUGACCUGCUGCUGGUCCAAGCGGCCAGGGCUCCACCACGCCUCAGGAAUACAGAGAGGUGUGAAGAAGUACUGUCAGUGGCAGAGGAUCCAGGCCCCAGAGUCCUGUCAGCAGAGGAACAGCGCCGCCUGGUUGAACAGGAGGAGAACACAUUACGGGAGCUCAGGCUCUUUCUCAGGGACGUGACCAAGCGCCUGGCCACUGACAAACGUUUUAAUAUCUUCAGCAAGCCAGUAGACAUUGAGGAGGUGUCAGACUACCUUGAAGUGAUUCGCCAGCCCAUGGACCUGUCCACCGUCAUGACCAAGAUUGACACCCACAAGUACCUGACAGCGAAAGACUUCCUGGUGGAUAUUGACCUCAUCUGCAGUAAUGCUUUAGAAUACAAUCCUGACAAGGACCCUGGAGACAAGGUUAUCAGGCACCGAGCAUGCAGUUUAAAGGACACAGCCCAUGCUAUAUUUGCUGCUGAGCUGGACCCCGAAUUCGACCGCAUGUGUGAGGAGAUCAAGGAGGCGCGCAGGAAGAGGGACUUCCAGACGCCAGCUCAGCUGACGGCAGCUCCGGGCACUGUGGCAACCAGAAAGCACCACACUGCAGGAGAGGAGCAGGCGAGGAGCAGCACUCAGGGUGAGGCCACUGACAAACAGUGCACCACUAAUCAUAUAAAGCGGAAGAUUCGUCGGCGGCCAUCUUGGGGGCGGGGCAUCAUCCGUAAGAAGAAGAACUAUAAGAAAGGAACAGAAGAGGAGGAGGAUGAGCCAGAGGCAGAGGUGGAAGCUGCAGGGCCCAGUGACUCAUGUUUGACGCAGGAUGAGGAAUCAUCUUGCGAUACCACGGGUCCCCAACCCAAUGGCCAUCCCCAUGCCCCCUCUACAGAGGAGGAGAGCUCCAACGAGCCUCCUGUUGUGGCCCCUGCUGAACCUCCAGAUGUCAGUGGAGCCAGAGAGGAGCCAACACCUAAGGAGGAGGAGUCCACAGCCAAAGAGGCAGAGUCUGAGAACACAGAGAAACACACUGAGCUGCAUUUCCUUGGUGGCAGUUCUCAUCCCAAGGCAGCAGAUGGGGAUACCCAGGCCAAGCAGGCUGACUUCCAGCCUUUGAUUGAAACGUCCGAGUCCUCAGAUGCUGAGGCCCACCCCAAGCACACAGAGGGUCUCCUACUAUCACAAGUGGACUGUGUGAAUGGAAACGAGUCAAUGGACAGUCUGGACUCGCAGAGCCUCAAGAGGAGCAGUGAGGCAGAGAAAAGGACUCCUCAGAGCAUGGCCGAAGGCUCUAACAAGCCAGAACAGGAAGAGCACAAAGACAAACAUGAGAGCCAUCCAACUCAGGAGCACCCUCCCCAGGAUGGGAGGGCAGUAACAGAAAGUGCUGAGGAAGAUCAAGACAGAGAAGGGGUUUCCAAAGUGAGGAAAUGCAAAGGGAGCCCGUCAGAGCAGUUGAAAGGAUCUGUUGAAAGGACAGAGGAAGAGCCACAACCAGUCCCUCCACAUCCUCCAGUAGUGGUUGACCACCAGCAACUUUUGGUGCUACUGGAUAUGGUGGUGAAGAAGAGUGAGGGCUACAGCGUGGAGCAACUGGAGAGACUGUACUCCCUUCUCAGCCAGUGUAUCUACCAGUACCGCAGAGAGUACGACAAAACCCAGCUACUGGAGGAGAUGGAGGAGAGAAUCCAGCAUUUUGAUACAUUCCUGUGAGACGGAGAAAAUUUAUCAGGUAGAUCCUGAACAGCCUGGGACCACAAAGACACAUACAAACUGAGAGAAAGAGUGAAGGAGCUUCUGAGUCCAGCCCUCAACACAAAAACACACAUACACACACACACACACACACAAGGAAAAUCCAGCGCCCUCCUCUUGCUGGGAGGGAGCACGAGGACGAGGUUGAGGACAGAGACAUUCAAUGGUGCUAUCGUCUCAGGAACCUGGCCGGAUCCAGACCCAUUCUACACAACCAAACCCCUGAAGGUGUGUCAGUCACACACACGCACACACACCAAUGGUGACGGGCAACCCUGGUGCUACUCGGGUGCUAUCUUUUAUCCAUGCUGCUCUUGGGAUUACUUCUUAACUUGGACGACUAGCAAAACCAACAGAUCGGGUGAUGUCAUAUCGCAACCCGGCCGCCUCCCUCCGGAGCAGGCCGUGCAUGCGUGCGCACACACACACACACACACACACACACACACACACACACACACACACACACACACACACACACACACACACACCAGAGAUAUACAAACACAUGCAUACAACACAUGCAUACACACACACAUACACACACACACUCAGAUCCUCACCAGCAGAAGUGUGAAUGCAGAGUGCCGCUAGAAGGGGGCAGAUAAUGUUCUGAAUCACUGAACUACAUUGCUGAGCCCAUCUUGCCCUCGAGUGCAACGCUUCAUCGUAGGCCAGUUAUUACCACACUAUUAUGCGGCUCAUUUUUUCAGCCAUUUUAGCUACUUGAUUAGUUCAAUAUCUGAGCCACCGUCGAAGAUACUCACCCAGAACUAGAGUUUACAAAGAAGUUUUAGUGCGAACACAAACUCGAUGAGGUUAGCACAGCAGGACUAGAACCGAUUAUGUCCUCGUCAUUACUGCAGCCAUCAGGUGUGGUGUUUGUCUCAGAGUUAUUGGCGAACGGGCGUAGCCUGUAGAUCAGCUGUAAAACCACCUCACUCGAAACAUUCUCUCACAGACCACCUCUGUCGUUCACAGUCUUAGCAGAUUGUCAUGUCCUAAAUAGUUUGUGCUCGCUGCAUCCCUCCUCUUCACUUCAUUCACAGUAUGAAUGUUUUCCUUCCCGAUCAAGCUGUGCCCGCCAGUUGAUUUUCCCAUCGACACCCCGGCUGAGAAACUGGAAGCAGUACAAAUUGGAAUACGUCUGUAGUUUUGCACUGCCUAGCGUGUGCCUUAUUUGAAACCUCAUAUGAAACUGAUAUAUUUAGCAAGAUUUUUUAAUUUACUUCUUGUGACAAUGAACAGGCCCCAAGUUGGGGUGGGUCUUAACCACUGAGGUCACAGUGACCUUGAAGCAAAAAAUUCUGUAUAUCUCAAUGCCAUUAGGUCGAUUAACAACAUAUCUUGACUCUACAUGUCUAUGUAGUUUUAACUUCAACCUCGGCUUAUUAAAAAUUAAAUGAAGGCAUUUGAAAACCUGAGGAAUACAUUAUACUCACUUCUGUGGCUGUGUCAGUGUCUGGCCGUAUACGUCUGAAGCACUUGAAAUGUUGUUACGAUAUUUAAAUGUAUUCAAGCCCUUUUUUUACCCCAGACUAGUCGGGGGGAGGUCAGUCUCCACCUGAGCAGACAGCAGGUGUAACAAGAGGUCGACAACACCAGCUUUUCUUCAGUUUUUCAUAUGCAAAGGAAAAAAAGGAAAAAAAGCAACAAAAAAGCUAAUGAUGUGAGUCAAAUGAUCGUGCCAAGUGUUAUCCCACUCCUUCAAAAGGUGCUGACAUGAUGGUGCCUGUUCACAGGAAUUCUGUUUUAACUAUGAAAAUGUUCUCUUAGAUGGUCAUACAACCUAUGUAUUAUGUUGUGUAUUUGAUAAUUAUUUUUUACUUUUAUAUAAGAUGCUUUGCUUGAGUUGAUUGUUUUUUGCAUGGGUUGUGAAUCCACAAUGAACAAGGCCAUUCUAGGCAGUGCCCGUCACUAAGGUGUAUAAAGCAUUACAUGAUUUAGUUUUUUAUGUUUUUGUCCUUUCACGUGUGUGUACCGACUUUAUGGAUUUAUUUCAUUCUGUUUUCUCAACACCAGACAAGAGAAGCUGGAUUCUCAUCUGUGGCCAACACAGUAUAUGUUUUCUGACUGCAGUAAAUUAAGGUAUUUACUGAGGCUUUAUAAGGUUUUCUAUGGCAUUGUUCAUGUUUUUAGAGAUGCCGUAUUUCGAGCAGGUGUAGGCUGGAGAAGGCCCCUUCUUUCUCUCAAAGCACUCUUCUUGUCCAAUCCUCCAAACCUCUUGGUGCAACUCUGACCCCAGCUCACCUCUGCCUUUUCUCAGAUUCUAGGUGACAAGCAGCAAAAGACCAUAUGCAAACUGGCAAUGACAGGUUAGCACUUGGACUACUGCAGAGAGAAAAAAAACCAACGCUACCUCAGCUUAAUUUAUUUUAAUGCGAAAACUGUUUACUGGGUACAUAAACAGUAUUUUCUCCCCCCAAAAUACUGUUGUGACAUCUACAGUACCAUCUUAGGUACCAGAUCAGUGCAACCACAGCUGCUGCAGUAAUCCAAGAGUUGUUUAUAUCUCUCUGAUUGUUAUGUAUGUUUGCAUUUGAGCCAGAUGAUGAUUGCAGAAAUUUUAAGGAUAUUUCAUGGACUGUAUAUUUUAUGCUUUAGUUUCAGGUUCUUUUAAUUUCUACUGUACCUUGACACUGAGGAAGCAUCCUAGAUCUGCUCCUCUUUCAUAUUAUCACCCCCAUACCCUCCUUAGAUGCUAGAGAGAGGAAUUUUUUAUGCCUCUUUACACAUCCUUUGCCUUUUUUCCCCCCUAAAUUCUGUUUUAUUUUGCAGAUUUUCAUCUCAUGAUUCUGAUUAUUUAUUAUUAAAACAUUUUUACACCUAAUAUUCAGUAAAUUGUCUUUUUGUACUUUUGAAAUUUAACAAAUGGGGAAGCAUCACAUGUCCAUUUUAACAAUUUUUGUUGAAUUGCGUAGCGUUUGUGUAGCAGAUUUAUUUGGCGUGUACGGGGGGAAUAAAGGGUUUACAGGUCUCUCAGGUUCAACACGCAACAACAUGCCCUUUCGACUUUCCUAUUUAUUUCAUUGUUCUGGUGUUUUCUUGUUAAAAGUGGUUACAGACUGUGGCAUACUGGAAGAGACUAACAUUAGGACAGAACUCUUAUUUAAAAAUGUAGUGUCUGUGUAGUUCAUACCAGGAGGAGAAACAGGACCAGAUUAACUUUCUUAUAUCAUUGUUUUCUUUUCUGCCAAAAGAUUUAAAAACCACAUCGGGAAAUAAAAUAUGGGUAGUUUAAAUGUCAUACAUUGUGAUCUUCCUUUCUUGUUAUAAAUUGUAGCCAGUUUGGACUAACAACCAAUUUUUGUCUGGUAGUGGAGACUACUUAGUCCAGUAUGCAGAAGGAGAAAGGGUUUGUUCUAUCCUGAAUUACUUUGUUCUUCCCUAUUUUUUCACAGUUAAUUUAGUUGAGACUUUCAUAGCUUUGUCAACUCUGUUCUUUUGUGUAUUUAACACACUUGUUCGCAAUUGUUACUUUAGUGUAAGUUAUAUUUGAAAUGAAACAUUUACUGUAUUUCUCAAAUAAACUGCUGUGAUAUACUUGAAUAAAGGUGCAAACUGUA